AUGCGUCUGUCCAGCUACCAAUUGCUUGCGUCCGCGACUGCGGUUGGUACCGUCGUCGGGCAAUACAUCCCCCCAUCGUCCAACCAUGGCAAUGCGAUCAAAGGAUUCGAAGCUCCCGCAAUCGAGUAUCGUCCCAAGUUCAGAUAUUGGCUUCCAGAUGCAGAUGUCGACCACGAUGUUCUCAAAAGCGACAUCCAAGAGCUCAAAAAGCUCGGCGCCGGCGGUCUAGAGUUUCUCCCAUUCUACAACUACGGCUUCGGUGGCGUGAACGAUUCCAAGAUGGAAACAUAUGCGUUUGGCAAACCUGCGUUCAGGGAUGUUCUACAAGUUGCGCUCGAAGCUACCAAAGCGAAUGGCUUGUCGAUGGACGUGGCGCUGGGUGCUAGCCAGGGCCAGGGCGUACCCUCCAAGCCGCUUACUCCUGGUCUUGCUGUGCAGCUUGUUUAUGAAAACGCCUCGAUUGACAACAACACCUACAUCGCCCUGCAUGAGAAGUCACUGGUCGACCUCUCCAAGUACGUCAAGGACGGAAAGAUCACUUGGACUGCACCGAAAGAUCAUAAGGAGUACGUGUUAUUUGCACACUACGAGCGCUACACCAACCAACGAUCUUGUGAUGGCGUACCUAUCGACGUCAUUGCGAAUGGCUCUUGGGUCACAGACCAUUUCAGUGCCGCCGGCGCAAAGCUGGCAACACAAUUCUGGGAGAAGAACCUAUUGAGUACUCAAAUUCGCCAGCUGCUGAAGGAGGUUGGCAAGCACACUUGGGAAGAUAGUAUGGAGAUCCAAGCUUCACUUUAUUGGUCUCCAGGAUUCCCUGAUCGUUUCAAGUCCAAACGCGGCUAUAACGUGAUCAAGUAUCUUCCAUUGCUAUUCCACGAGUCGACAUCUUUUACAGCCGCUCAGGCUCCCUACAACACUACCUUCUACCUCGAUGGGACUCCGGAUAAUGGACAGAGCAAGUAUCUCCAGGACUACCGACUCACCUUGAACGAGGGCUACGCGGAGUACCUGCAGACCUUCGAAGAUUGGGCUGCAUCGCUGGGCCUUUCACACUCUUGUCAGGUUGGAUAUAACAUCCCGUUGGACGUGCUCGCGGAUGUGCCGAUGGUUUCCACUCCCGAGCUCGAAUCCCUGGGCUUUACAACACCAGAUCAAAUGUCCCAAUUCGUCGGGCCCGCGCAUCUAGGACGUCGCAACAUCAUUUCCACAGAGAUUGGCGCAGUAGCACAAGGAGCAUACAGUCUGACCAUCCCCUCCCUCGUCAACCUCUUCCACGAAGCUUUCGCAGGCGGCGUCAAUGCCAUGAUGAUUCAUGGAAUGACAUACACUGGAGAACAAGUCGGAUCGACUUGGCCCGGAUUUACGCCGUUUCAGUAUAUCUACACCGAACUUUGGAGCCCCAAGCAGCCGGUGUGGAACGAUAUGGCUGAGAUGAUGAACUACACUGCCAGAAACCAGUUUAUCCUGCAGCAGGGAGUCGCCAAGAAGGAUUUGGCCUUCUACCUAUACAAGGAUCCUUAUGGCCUAACGGAUGAGUAUAAUGGCACGGAUCUUCGUGCUACUGGGUUUACCUACGAGUAUUUGUCACCAGCCAACUUUGGGUCUAAGGCCUUCAAGGUUUCGAACAAGGUUUUAGACCGUUCAGGUGCAGGAUACCGCGCCCUUGUACUCGACCAACAACAGUUCAUCACUGCUGAGGCAUCGCAAAAGCUCGUUGAGUUGGCCGAUGCAGGGCUUCCAAUUGUCGUCAUAGGAAAUCUCCCCAACACUACAAUCGGAAGCAAGGGGCAGGAUGUUGUGUCCAAGAACAUCUCGAAGCUCAAAGGAUCCAAGUACUCCAACAUCGCUUUCAUCAAAUCAGCCGAUGAUUUACUAAACGCACUCGAUCAACUUUCUGUCCAGCCCCGUGUAAAGACGGUUUCAGAGGCUGCGAAGAACUUGUACACCGUUUGGAGGUCAAGCGAAGCCUCGGACUAUCUUCUCCUCUUCAACCAGGGCUCGUCGGCGACUUUUGAGAUCACGGCAGAGGUUGAACUAGGCAAUGCCCCUUACAGACUCAACGCAUGGACAGGACAACAAGUUGCUAUGGCAUCCUUCAAGCGCUCCUCGGGCAAAAUAACCUUCGAAGUAUCUUUGAAGGAAGGUCAGACGGCGAUUGUCGCGUUUAGCGGAGGGAAGUCCAGAACGAGCAUUGUCUCACAUUCGAACAAUAUCAUCGAUGCUUCCUACGAUUCUGAUGGCAAGGAUGGUAUCUCUGUCGUCUUGGGAGAUACUCAAGCAGCCUCUUUGACAUUAUCCAAUGGACAGAAAAAGCAGAUUCCUGCUGCCAGUGGCAACGACAAGAAGAAGUCCCUCAACAUCGAUAUCGGCAAAUGGAACUUGACUCUUGAGUCUUGGGUUCCUGGUCCUGACGAGACAAAGUCGGCAUCUGUCAAGAAGGUGAUUAAACUGGGCACUCAGAAGACCUUGAAGCCCUGGUCCGAGAUCCCUGGAGCACAGAAUGUAUCGGGAGUCGGUAUAUACACAGCUACCUUCCAGGUCCCAACCUCAUAUCGAGUCCCAAGCAAAGAUUCCAUAGCUGUACUGCAGUUUGGUCCUGUGCUCAACACCAUUCGAGCAUGGGUUAACGAUAAGCAGCUCCCAGCGAUCGACAUUUUCGAUGCUCAGGUCGAUGUCUCUGAUUAUCUUGUUUCAGGACCUAACACAAUCAAGGUAGAGGUGGCUUCUACUUUGUUCAAUGCGGUGAAGGCUAGGGUUGAUGAUGUCAAGGCGAAUGGCAUUGGUCCAGCUGCACCUGUCUUGUACACUGCUGCAGAUUGGCAAAAGCAUGGAUUAAUUGGGCCAGUGUCUGUAAAGACUUUGAGAAAGGUCAGCUUGUAA